UUUACUUGAAAAAGUUUCGCAGUUUGAGGGAAAUACUUCCCAGGAAGGGUGACAUUGAUUUGCACUGGCUGAGUGAUAAAUUCGAGAAUGGGGAACUUAAAUUUGGAUUCGUUAUAUAAUGGCCAUCAAUCCAUUCUCUUCAUUCAUUCACCGUGUUUGAUCAAGCUUUCUUUUCAUUGUUUUCAGCUCUACUUGCUCUGUGUUGAGGCGAAAGAAGCAGAGCUACAAUAGCAGAAGCGAAGGAGGCGGAAGAAAGAGAAAAUUUUAAUAUGACCUACUGCAUUGUUUAGUUGUAUGCGACAAUUGAAAUUAGAUUUGGGUGCUAUUGAUCCUUGUCAAGGAGAAGAAGAAGAAGGAAAAGUUGAGUUGGUUCAAGGUGCUAUUGAUCCUUGUCAAGGAGAAGAAGAAGGAAAAGUUGAGUUGGUUCAAGGUGCUAUUGAUCCUUGUCAAGGAGAAGAAGAAGAAGGAAAAGCUGAGUUGGUUCAAGGUAAGUGAUUUGGACCAGAUCUUUGCAAUUCGGUCACAAUGUACACCAACUUGAGCAGCGAAUUGCUGUUCCUCAUUUUGCAGUUUCUGGAUGAGGAGGGGCUCAGUGAAACAGCACACAAGUUGGAACAAGAGUCUGGGUGCUACUUUAACAUGGAUUAUUUUGAAUCCCAAGUUCUGGCUGGAGAAUGGGAUAAAGUUGAGUGUUAUCUCUCCGGUUUUACAACAGUUCGAGAGAAUCUCCACUCUACGAAAAUUUUCUUUGAGAUCAGGAAACAGAAAUAUUUAGAAGCAUUGGACAUGGAAGAUUAUGCAAAAGCUGUGGAAAUACUUAGAAAGGAUCUCAAAGUAUUUGAACAUGUUAGUAAUGGCAUUUACAAAGAGCUCUUACAGUUAAUGCCUCUUAGAAACAUCAGGCAAAAUGAGAAACUUUCUGAUUAUGGGGAUAGAACAUCCACACGGAAAUCUAUGUUUUUGGAGCUGAGAAAGCUUCUAAAAGGCAACCCUCAAAUUUGCAAUAAGCUGAAAUUUCCACAUACUGAAACUUCUAGGUUAAGGACCCUCAUAAAUCAAAGUCUGAAUUGGCAGCAUCAACUUUGCAAAGACCCAACUUCUAAACCUGAUAUCAAAACUUUGUUUGUUGAUCACAUAUGUGUAUCUCAUGGUGGAUCUCAAAGUCACACAAAUAAUUCUAUUGAUGGAGUGAUUCCUCAAGGGGUACCUUCUUUCCCUAUUCCUACACAUGCUCCAUUUCUGCAUGGAGUUGAUCUCUCUGGUAGUAGUAGGUUGUCUCUUACAGGAUGGAUGGCGAAUUCUGAGCCUUCCAUGCCACAUCCUCCUGCAGGCAUAGGGAAUCUUUUUCCACCUCAGAAUGCAGGUUUGCUGAAACAAAAUAGAACACCCACUGCAAAUAGUACUGGAACUGAUUAUCAAUUUCUGAGUCCUGUACAUGUUGCUAAGCGUUCCCGUAUUGGUCCAUCUGAUGUGAUGAUGUAUAGAGGACCAACUCAACCUCAUAAUAUUUAUCCACGAGAUGAUCUUCCUAUGAAGGUUGUGAGAAGCUUCAGUGAAGGCUCCAAAGUAAUUAGCAUGGAUUUUCAUCCCCAGAAGCAUUCGAUUCUGUUAGUUGGAACAAAUACUGGUGAUCUUGGAAUUUGGGAUGUGGGAUCAUAUGAAAAAUUAGUUCACAAAACCUUUGGAGUUUGGGAUGCCUUAAAUGGCACCACAAAGUCUGUACUUUUUGUUGAGAAACAAGCUGUCUCAGUGAAUCGUUGUAUUUGGAGCCCUAAUGGAGAAAUGGUCGGAGUUGCUUUUUCCGAGUGUAUUAUACGCAUAUAUUCCUAUACUGGGUAUAGAGAAUUGAGACCACACCUUGAGAUCAAUGCUCAUAUCGGGGGGGUAAAUGAUAUUGCCUUCAAUUGUCAUAAACAACAGCUUUCUGUUAUCACAUGUGGGGACGAUAAGUGCAUCAAGGUAUGGGAUGCGGUAACGGGGUGCAUGCGGCACACAUUUGAAGGUCAUGAAGCCCCCGUUUAUUGUGUUUUUCCUCAUCAAAAAGAGAAUGUCCAGUUCAUCCUCUCUACAGCUAUUGAUGGCAAGAUUAAAGCCUGGUUUUAUGAUGGUAGGGAGUCUACAUUUGACUAUGAUGUGCCCGGGAAGUUCUGCACUGCAAUAGCUUAUAGUGAUGAUGGAUCACGACUUUUCUCAUGUGGAACAAGCAAAGAAGGUGAAUCAUACUUAGUUGAGUGGAAUGAAAGUGAUGGAAAAAUCAAGCGUACAUAUUGUGGCCUUCAAAAGAACUCCUUUGGGGUGGUGCAGUUUGAUACAACAAGGAAUAGGUUCCUAGUAGUGGGAGAUGAUAACCAACUUAAGUUUUGGGACAUGGACAAUGUCACCAUAUUAGCAACAACUUAUGUUGAGGAAGGCUGCUUGGAGACCAGUCCUCGUCUUUGUUUCAACAAAGAAGGGUCCUUAUUGGCUGUGACAACAAAGAACAGUGGGAUCAAGAUCUUAGCCAAUGCAAAUGGACUGCAAUUGCUUCACACGCUAAAUAAUGAAGUAUUUCAUGGAGCAAAGAUACCUAUACCGGCACUGGUAACAAAGGACACAAUUAUAAAUUCUGUUGCUUCUGUAAAUGAAACUACCCCACUUUCUGGCACAACAGGUUGCUUAGAGAAGAUUCUUUCAGUAGCAUCAGUGAAUAAUGCUGAUAGCAACCGGCCAACAAAUGUAAAUCAAAGUGUUCGAGAUGAGGAUGCAAACAAGAUAAAAAGAUUGAACCUUGCAGAGGUGUCACGUUCAAUCCACUGUAGGUCUCUCAAAUUACCAGAUGGAAUGUCAAAGGGAAAGAUUGUUCAAUUAGUCUAUACAAAAUCUGGUUCUAAUGUUUUAGCUUUGGACUCCAAUGCUUCUCACAAGCGAUGGAUAUGGACAUGUAAUGAGGGGAAUCCAACUGGGAAGGUGACAACUACCAUUCCGACUGGGUUCGAGUCAGCUACACAUGGUUCAAGUCACAAAGAUCCAGGAAAACAGAUAUCAUGCAUGGUUUUGUCAAACAAUGACAGAUACAUAUUAUCCUGUUCUGGUGGAGAGGUGUCCUUACUCACAUUGGAAAAGUUGAAGUCCAUAUCGAUAUUAUUGCCCCCUUCCCCACCAGCAACAUCUUUUGCUCUUCAUCCAGAGGAUAAUAAUGUUGUUGCUUUUGGAUUGGAGAACUUGAAAAUUCUCAUAUGCAAUUUGAAAUCCGGAUCGGAUAAGAUGUUGCAAGGACACCACCAAAAGAAAAUCACUAGCCUGGCAUUUUCGUUAUCUUUGGACCUGCUGAUAUCAGCUGGAGCUGAUGGUCUGCUCUGUGCCUGGAGCCUAGAUGGAUAUGGAAUACAGCGAGAACAAAUUGUAUAUCCACAUGGAGAAAGGUUAUCAUCACCAGUUGGAGUUAGUAAAAUACAGUUUCACAAAGAUCAGGUUCACUUGCUAGUUGUGCAGGAGAACCAAAUUGCAAUUUAUUAUUCUUCUGCAUUUGAACAAGCAUGCUAUUGGAAACCUCAGGAUUCAAUGUCUGCACCAAUUUCAAGUGCCCAAUAUUCGUGUGAUAGCCAACUGGUCUAUGCCAGUUUCUGUGAUGGUGCAGUUGGUGUUUUUGAUGCAGAUAUCCUAAGGCCCCUUUUCCGUGUCCCUCCUGCUGCAUUUUUGCCAUCAGGAAUGAGCAGUGACAAUGUCUAUCCUCUUGCAAUUGCAGCACACCCACAUGAAUGCAACCAAUUCGCUAUUGGUUUGACUGAUGGGGGAGUGUAUUUGAUUGACCUUAUAGAAUCACAGGGGAAGGAGGCCAUGGGCUCACUGGAGAAUGGAGUGGUUGGUUCAGAUCCCUCGACGAGCAACCAUGGUUCAGAAUUACCAAGCUAGCAUGGAAAUGUGACAUGACAGAUAUCAAGCAGCAAAUGGCAAUUUUUGAAUUUUAAUUUGUUUAUGAGAUCAAUAAUUGUAGCAUUUUUCUAAUGCGCAUGCAUACUGUAAUCCUAUUUACUUUUUUAGAAGAGCUUCUGCUAUUAUUUUCAAUGUAUCACAAGUUAUUGUAAUGAUGGAUAUCAUUUGUUUGUUUUGACUGAAUAGAUGACUUUGGCCUAGCAAA